AUGGUGCUUGAAGCAAUCGGGGCAUUCGCUUUGGCCUGCAACAUCUUACAAGUCGUCGAGUAUGGAGCCAAAGUUGUGGCCAAGGCUGGAAGUCUGCACCGCCCAAGUCGGGAGAGCACAACUGCAAUAACUGACCUGGAUGCGAUCACUCAGCAGCUGAACAAUCUCAACAACGACUUAGGCAGCUCAGCUGUGCCAGCUCCUUCUCAGGCAUGCCCACUGUAUGCGAGGCUGGCAGAGUGCAAUGCCGAGAGCCUCCGGCUGUCUCAAAAUUUCAUAGACUUCGUCCAGAAGUUACGGCCAAAGACUACGGCGUCACAAGGCAAUCCAUCAUGGGCAGCAUCCUUUCGGUUUGCCAUUCGGUUGAGAUGGCAUCAAGAAGAAGUCCAGGCAUUGCAGAACAGUGUUUCUCAUGCAAGGUCGAAUCUCAUUGUAGCAUUCCUAUUCUACAUGCAUUCCACACAAGCGUCGAGUUCAUCGCAGACGGCGCUCCUGGCGGCUUCGAAUCAAUUCGAGCAGGAUAUGCGGCUUGCCAUUGACGACACCUCAAACAAGCUACACUGCGACAUCGUAGCAGUGCUACAGCAGAUGACUCAUUUGAAGCUCCAGGACUCUGCAUACGAGACCCAUUUCGCCCAAUUCCAGGCCUCGCAUGCGGAUGCACUCUUAAGGCUAUCUGUCGGGAUUGAGUCUAUCAUGCUGGAGCAAGAAGCCAUCAGAACGACAAGCGACAAACAGCGAGCCCAAGUUGCUUAG